AGUGACUUUCAGUUUGUUGUAGGGAAGGUUUCAGAGUAUUUCUUCUCGGUCGGAUUAGUGUGUAAAAAAUGUCUACUUCUAAAACAGAAGAAAAGCCCAUGUGGGACGAAAGGAUGGAACAAGCUUUAAGUGAAGAAAUAAUGAGAAUGUCUACUGAUGAAAUUGUAAGCCGCAUUAGACUUCUUGAUAAUGAAAUUAAAAUAAUGAAAAGUGAAGUAAUGCGGGUCAGUCAUGAGCUGCAAGCACAAACAGAAAAAAUAAAGGAAAAUACAGAGAAGAUUAAAGUAAACAAAACUUUACCAUACUUGGUAUCAAAUGUGAUUGAGUUGCUUGAUGUAGAUCCAGAGGAAACUGAGGAAGAUGGUGCUGUUGUAGAUCUUGACGCUCGUCGAAAAGGAAAAUGUGCCGUUAUUAAAACAUCAACCAGACAAACUUAUUUUUUGCCUGUUAUUGGCUUAGUUGAUGCAGAAAAAUUAAAGCCAGGUGACCUUGUUGGUGUGAAUAAAGAUUCUUAUUUGAUUCUUGAAACUUUACCUGCAGAAUAUGAUGCACGUGUUAAAGCUAUGGAAGUUGACGAAAGACCAACUGAGCAGUAUUCAGACAUUGGUGGGCUAGACAAACAGAUUCAAGAGCUAAUUGAAGCUGUUGUUCUUCCCAUGACCCACAAAGAAAAAUUUGAAAAUCUUGGAAUUCAUCCUCCUAAAGGUGUAUUACUUUAUGGACCUCCUGGAACAGGAAAAACUUUAUUGGCAAGAGCGUGUGCAGCUCAAACAAAAUCUACUUUUCUGAAACUUGCUGGUCCCCAGCUAGUACAGAUGUUCAUUGGGGAUGGAGCCAAACUUGUUAGAGAUGCUUUUGCUCUUGCUAAAGAAAAAUCUCCAGCUAUUAUAUUUAUUGAUGAGUUGGAUGCUAUUGGGACAAAAAGAUUUGAUUCUGAAAAGGCUGGUGAUCGAGAAGUUCAAAGAACUAUGUUAGAGUUACUCAACCAGUUAGAUGGAUUUAGUUCAACAGCUGACAUAAAGGUUAUUGCUGCUACAAAUAGAGUAGAUAUUUUGGAUCCUGCCCUUUUGCGUUCUGGACGACUCGAUAGGAAAAUUGAAUUCCCACAUCCUAAUGAAGAUGCUAGAGCACGUAUAAUGCAAAUACAUUCCCGUAAAAUGAAUAUUAGUGUAGAUGUGAAUUUUGAAGAACUUGCUCGUUCAACCGAUGAUUUCAAUGGAGCUCAGUGUAAAGCUGUUUGUGUGGAGGCUGGUAUGAUAGCUUUGCGUCGAGGAGCUGGAGUAGUUACCCAUGAAGAUUUCAUGGAUGCAAUAUUGGAAGUACAAGCAAAGAAGAAAGCCAACUUAAACUAUUAUGCUUAAGUGUUUUGAAAUUAUGCAGAAACUCAUUUGCAUUCUUUUUGUGGGGAGUGCCAAUAACUGUGAUUGACUUUGUAAUGUUGUAAACUUGUAAAUAUGCCACUUUAUAUUCAACCAGCAAUUAAAAUAUUAAAUUUGUUUUUUAUUAAAUUCCAAAAGUCACUCCAGCUAAAAUAUUUCUUGUUUUUUUUUAAUAUUUUUUUUUUAGUUUUAAUUUUAAAAUAAUUAAGUUGUCAACAUCAGUUAUGAAUUGUCUCUAGUUUGUUUACUAUUUUGUAUGAGUUUCUGCCAAAUUUAAUAUUUAAUUUACAAUUCUAUCGUUAUUUUCUAAAUAAAUUUAAUCGUUGGUACACAGACAGUGUUAAAAUUAUUUCUUAUCUUGAACUUGUUUUUGUAGUAAUGAAUUUAUUGUAUUUUUUUUUAUAAAUUGUUCUGUGUUAUUUGUGUUCAUAUUUAAAAAUAAUUAAAUUUACCAUUAAAAUAUUUCUUUUUAAUGUUUCUGUUCCUUAUAUAUGUAAUUAUAGCAGAACUGAUUAAAUAAUGUAAAGCUAUGUACGUCUUUAUCUUGUACCAAUUUAUUUUAUAAAGAAACCACUAAAAGUGAA